CCGGCGCUUCUGGCAUUGUAUCACUCGACACAUUCGUCGCUCUCGCUCUCGCUCGCCGGUACGGUGCGUACCUCAACCGCAUUCCCCUCUCUCGAAUCGCCCAUCUCUCCUUGAUUCUUGUUCCCUCCACCAAAUGUCACACCGUGGAGGAGGCGGCGGCGGCGGCGGCGGCCGCGGCCGCGGAGGAGGCAGGCGAUCGGACUCUCGCGGCGAUCAGCAGCCGGCCCCGUCCUUCCAGCGCGGAGGAGGAAGAGGUGGUGGAGGAGGUGGCGGUCGAGGCAGAGGCUACGCCGCCGCCGCCGCUGGCGCCGCCGGCGGUCCUGGCCACCGUCCGCCUCCACAGCCGGCUCCGGCUCCCGCUGCAGCUCCCGCUCCGGCCCCCGCUCCGGCUCCCGCUCCCGCUCCCGCUCCGUCUCCUUCUCCGGCUCGACCGGCUGUUGCCUCUUCUGGCGGAGCAUCAAGUUCGGCGGCUACCCCUGUCGCGCCGGCUCCGGAUGUUUCUCUGAGCGGCGAGCUCGAGCAGCGGCUCACAUUGCAGGCUCCUUCGCCGCCGCCCCUCUCGUCGAAGGGGGAAAGAUUUCCGCUGAGGCCCGGCUUCGGAACGCUCGGGAAAAAGUGCGUGGUUCGAGCGAACCACUUUCUAGUUCAAGUAGCGGACAUGGAUCUCCACCACUAUGACGUAUCGAUUGAUCCCGUGGUUGCUUCCAAGAAAAUCAAUAGGGAGAUAAUAGGUGUUCUUGUCAAACAGUAUCGGGAGACUCAUUUGGGUAGUAGGAGGCCGGCCUAUGACGGGAGAAAGAGUCUCUACACAGCAGGACCCCUCCCUUUCAAUAGCAAGGUGUUUUCUGUUAAAUUGGUAGAAAAUGAUGAAGCUGCCGGUAGUUCUUCUCAAUCGAGAAGGAAGGACCGUGAAUUCAAGGUGACUAUAUCGCUGGUCGCUAAGCCUGAUCUUUAUCAUCUUCAGCAGUUUAUUCGGGGUAGACAAUUAGAUUGCCCGCAAGAGAUAAUACAAGUUCUUGAUGUGGUCCUUAGGGCCUCUCCAUCUGAAAAGUAUACUGUUGUUGGACGAUCAUUUUUCUCACCUGAUUUAGGGCAUAAAGGUGAUCUCGGUGACGGUUUAGAAUACUGGAGAGGAUACUACCAGUCUCUAAGACCUACACAGUUUGGGCUCUCUCUGAAUAUAGACGUGUCGGCUAGAGCUUUCUAUGAGCCAAUUCUUGUUACUGAGUUUAUUGCAAAACACUUCAACUAUCGAGAUCUGUCGAGGCCAUUGUCUGAUCAGGACCGUAUUAAGGUGAAGAAGGCUUUGAGAGGAAUUAGGGUUGAAAUCACUCAUACAGGAUAUCGGAGAUCUUACAAGAUAACUGGAUUGUCAAAUAAGCCAAUGAGCCAAACAACGUUUAUGCUUGAUGACGGCAAAACAGAGAAAUUUGUUGUCAAAUACUUCCGGGAGAAAUACAAUAUAGUUUUGCAAUAUGGAUCGUUGCCCACACUACUAGCUGGAAGUGACACCAAACCUGUCCUCUUACCUAUGGAGAUUUGUAGUAUUGUUGCUGGGCAGAGGUACACUAAGAGAUUGAAUGAACGGCAAGUAACUGCUCUGUUGAGAGCGACCUGCCAACGCCCUUAUGACAGGGAAAAGAGUAUCAGGGCGAUGGUUGAUGGGAAUAAGUAUGACGAAGAACUCCUUCUAACAAAAGAAUUUGGAAUGUCGGUGAGAAAUGAACUUGCUUCCAUUGAGGCUCGUGUUUUGCCACCACCAAUGCUUAAAUAUCAUGAAAGUGGUCGAGAUGCAAUGGUUGGUCCGUCGAUGGGACAGUGGAAUAUGAUUAACAAGAAAAUGAUCAAUGGAGGUAGAGUGGAUACCUGGAUGUGUGUAAACUUCUCGAGGAGGUGGAAUGGAAAUGUGACUUAUCAGUUUUGUGACGAAUUGGUCCAGAUGUGUAGUAGUAAAGGGAUGGCUUUUAACCCGCAACCAGUACUCCCUAUACGUGAUGGUCAACCCCACCAGAUUGAAAGAGUCCUUGCGGAUAUUAAUAGAGAAUCUCGGGCAAAACUUGCAAACAUGAAUCUACCUCGAAAAGAACUUCAGCUGUUGAUAAUUAUCUUGCCAGACAUGACUGGAUCUUAUGGGAAGAUUAAAAGAAUAUGUGAAACUGAACUGGGAAUUGUCUCACAGUGUUGCCAACCUAGACAAGCUGCAAAAAUGAGCAAGCAAUAUUGUGAAAAUCUUGCACUGAAAAUUAAUGUCAAGGUCGGUGGAAGGAAUACGGUUCUGAAUGACGCCAUCCUGAGAAGAAUCCCUCUCGUCACUGAUAUGCCAACCAUUAUCUUUGGGGCAGACGUAACACACCCACAACCUGGAGAUGAUACUAAUCCUUCCAUAGCAGCGGUGGUAGCUUCCAUGGACUGGCCAGAGGUGACGAAAUAUAGAGGCCUUGUGUCUGCACAGACUCACAGACAAGAAAUCAUUAACGAUUUGUACAUAGCCAAACAGACUCCAGAGGGGAAAGCUGGAGGAAUGAUCAGGGAAUUGCUUAUUGCCUUCAGAAGAGCUACUGGGCAAAAACCUUAUAGGAUAAUAUUUUACAGGGAUGGGGUCAGUGAAGGUCAAUUCUCUCAAGUUCUUCUCUAUGAAAUGGAUGCGAUUCGCAAGGCUUGUGCCUCACUUGAAGAGGGUUAUCUACCACCAGUUACCUUCGUUGUGGUGCAAAAGAGGCACCACACGCGCCUCUUUCCUGAGAAUUAUAACAGACGCGAUUCAAUGGACAGGAGCGGCAAUAUAUUACCUGGUACUGUUGUUGAUACUCGCAUCUGCCACCCUACUGAAUUCGAUUUUUACCUCAAUAGCCAUGCUGGAAUUCAGGGUACUAGUAGGCCAUCGCACUACCAUGUAUUAUUUGAUGAGAACAAGUUCAAUGCUGAUGCUCUCCAAACCCUCACUAACAAUUUGUGUUACACAUAUGCUCGAUGCACACGCUCAGUCUCUAUAGUGCCUCCUGCUUAUUAUGCGCAUUUAGCGGCGUUUCGAGCGAGGUAUUACAUAGAGGGGGACGGAUCAGAUACUGGGUCAUCGGUAGGAGGAAGGGGCACUACUGUCGAGAUCCGAGCACUUCCUUUGAUCAAAGACAAUGUCAAAGAUGUGAUGUUCUAUUGCUGAUGCGUUGGGCACCAAGGAGGGGACUUACUAUUUUACUGGAAAUAGACUCGGCACUUGCUCACUUCACAAGACAUACAUUUUGGGUUUUUGGUUCAUGUGAAAACAAACGUUAGACUCAGUUGACUGGGGAGACAUCUUAGGCAAUUGACUGGUUUUGUGUUGACUUGCUCACUUCACAAGACAUACAUUUUGGGUUUUUGUUUCCUUACCAAAAAAAACGUUAGACCCAGUUGACUGGUGAGGCAUCUUAGGCAAUUGACUGGUUUUGUGUUGGACACCUCUUGAUGUUUGGUUAUCGUUUUUGGUGCGGAUGUUUGAUAUUGAAAGUGCCUCACAUGCGCCCGAUGAGGUUUUACUGGUUUGUGCAGAAGAAAGCUGCAUGUGGAACAGAGUUUUUACAUAUGCAGUCGGAGAUGUUUCUAAAUGAAAAUCGAAAUGGCGAUCGAUCUUUUUGCUCC